AUGAAUUCUUUGGCGAAAUUUGAUGAAGAACUGCAAAGUUUACAGCUAGACAAGCCAGUGGCAGGAAAAACUGCUUAUCAACUUCAGAAGCAUACAGUGGACGAACAGUAUGACAGCAAACCUAUUGAAAGGAGCCUAUUCAUCCUAACGAAAGGAGAUGAUAUACAAAAACUGAGUGUUAUUCAAGCUUUACCAGAUCUUUUACAAACGGAUAACAAUGCUACCAUAUCACGAAUCAUCCCCAAGAUUCAGCAGGAACUGCCAAGUUCAUCAUCAGAGUUCCACCUUGUAACAAGCAAAAUCUUCAAAGUUCUAAUUGAGAUGAAAUUGAAUUUGAACUUGAUGCGACCAGUACUGCAAGGAAUUGAAAGUAAAGAUCCAAUAGUUUCAAAUGCAUGGAUUGAAACACUAUUAGCAGUGAUUCCAAGUUUAUCAGAUGGGGUAUUGAAGAAUGAUGUUUUGCCCUUUGCAAUAAGAAUUUCACAAAUAAACAAAUCUGUGUUUUAUAGAGUCAACAGUUGCAAAAUUCUUGGUCAAAUUGCAAUUCAUCCAAAGACAACCCCAUAUGAUGUUAAAAAGGAUAUUCUUCCCUUGACACAGAGUUUAUGUCAGGAUUGUCUGUAUGAAGUAAGAGCAGCUAUGUGUGCAGAACUUCCAAAUGUGGCAAGUGGAUUGGCUAAUGAUAUUAUUGUUAAAACAAGUCUUCUGCCAUGCUUGGUUGAAUUAUCUAGUGAUGAAAAUAUGCAAGUGAGAAGUGCAUCUGUAGAUGCUGUAGCCUUGUUGAUACCUUUUAUGAAUCCAGAUACCAUCAAGAUGACUGCUGUUCCAUUAGUGAAACGACUUUGCUCACAAAGUAGCAAAGAAGGUGACCAGACAUUUCCAGCUGUGGCAAAAAUUUUUGGGAAGCUUUUGAACAACUUACAACCACAUCUCACACCAGCAGACAAUGCUUGGUUUCUCAACUAUUUCAAGGAACUUUCACGAAAAGGUCUCAGUAUAUCUAAUGAAGAUUUGGAAAUUGAUCCUGCUUUGGCUGUUACUUGCAGAGACUAUUGUGCAUACAAUUUACCAGCUAUCACUUUCUUCACUUUAUAUCAGUUACAACCUGAACUAGACAAGUGGUAUUCUAUCUUCAAAGAUCUUGCUGGAGAUUCCUGUUAUAUUGUGAGAAAAACUGUGGCUGGAUGCAUACAUGAAAUAACAAAAGUAUUAGGAAAAGAAUGUAAAAUCAUAGUUCCUGACAUUGUGAGACUCUUCCGUGACGACGCAGAAGAGGUUCUGGAAGUUUUGGUACCCAAUAUCGGUCCCACCCUUCAACUAUUAUGCAGUGCUGGAAUUUUAACUCGGGAAAACAAUACCCAGUAUACUUUGGAUAUCGGCCGGGCACUGCUGAAAUGUCAAACGGAGAUUUUCAAGUACUACAAUUGGCGCAGAAAAAUGGGUUUUCUGGAACAGUUGGAGUGUCUUCCUACUGUUGUUCCCGCCGAUUUUAUACAUCAACAUUUCACUCCGAUGGUUUUGAAGUUGACAGUGGAAGCGCGAAGUAGACCUGUCAGAACACAAGCGGCGAAGACGAUGCUAGUUUUCCUACGCUACAGCAUCAAAGAGAAUCACAGAAAGUGGAUUCGAGAAAAUCUCAUUAAUCUGUUGUGCAAUUCACCGUCCUGUUACACCAGACACAUCUACAUCAAUAUGUGUGUACAUGCCAUUGAUUUAUUCAGCUGGAAAUAUUUCAAGGAACAUUUUUAUCUGCCUUUGCUCACUUUAGGAGAUGAUCCCGUAUCGACUGUUCGUCUGUGUGUGCUGAAUCUAUGCCCGGUAUUGAAGCAGAUGCUCGUUUUACCGCUAGACCGCAAUCUUCAGCUCAGAUUGGAGGGUUUCAUGUCGAAAAUAGAGGUGAUGGAAAAGGACAAGGACGUCAUAGACACCCUGAAGGCUAAGCUCAAAGAGAUGAGGUCUUCCCAAGUCAGCAAGCAGGAGGCACUGAUCGAAGAGCGGAGGAAAAUAGAAGAAGAGGAAAAAAUCGCGCAGGGGAAAAUAUCCACCAACGCAUUGAUUUCCUAUAAAUCCGCAAUAACGCCGUUCCUUGUAAGAGAAAGUUCAAGACGCAACAACGCCAUAACCUCGAGGACAAUCUCAUCGGCGAAAAAACCGGUUUCCUCAGCAGGUUCAAGCAAAAUGAGCUUCUUAGGCCAACACUUUUACAUAGAUGCCGGGGUAGCUUUACCGAAAAAUAUAAAUAGCAUUGAGGGUAAAAUGUCACGUUUGACAAUCACUGCCGAGGAGGACAUUGUAUCCACAGUUUCUGUGGAAAAUUUGACAGACGAAGUCUUGAUUCAACUAGAAACGUCAACGAAUAUAACGGACGACGUUAAAGCAAAUAUCCAGAAAUUAGGUACUUCUGUGAGUACUUUGAGAAGUAAACAGCCUGUAGAGGCGGUGAAAAAACGGAACAAAAGGAAUUCCUGUGUUUUCACUGGUGACAAUGCGCGGACAAACAAAACUCUAUUGAAGCGCAGAAGCUUGAAUAUUGGUCCCAGCGAGAUUAGCAAAAUUCCUGUUUGCUCCAGGUCGAUAAGAAAGGCAGAAGAUGAAACGAAUAUGAAGAGGAGCAAAUCCGGUAGCAUACAGAGUGUUUGCAGUAAGAUUGGAGAUAAAUCUAGUCCAUCAAGGUUGAAAGUACCUUUGAAGGCCGAUAAUAAUGGAACGAGUAAAAGUGGAACCAAAUUGGGUCCUUUUAAGAGUGGUGGAGUGAUGAGUAAUAAAUUAUGCCAAAUCGCUAAAAGGGAGGUCAAGGAAAAUAUCCCAAUGCCAAAUAGCAGUAUUAAGAGUAAUGUGCCAAUUAAACUUAAUGAAGAGACUAAUUCAGCCAAAGUAUCUAGUUUACCAGUAUUAGUGAGACCUGGUAGCGGAGUGAAAUAACGAAACUACUCAAGUAUAUUAUGUAUCUACCAUAUUUAUUAAAUGUCUAUUAAUUUUAUAUAUUUAGUAGGUAGACGUUAUUUUUGACGAUAUAUUUACAAUUUGUUGUUGUUUACUAAAUAAACUUUUCUAUAC